CUUCCGGGUCAAGCAUCCGCUGGGGCGGAAGGAGCUGAGUCGGGUGAGGCUGGCUCCACACUCAUCCUUUGAAUGUGAAAGCCUCGGAACACUCUUCGACCAGCAGCAAGUCAUUCACUGCGAUCCUGUUGAGCAUAGCCACAUUUGAGUUUUCCAAGUCUAAAAAGAAGACUGUCUUUGCUUUUCCCAUGAAGCUGAAUCAUUGUCUGUCCGUCGUAGUGGUGGUCACUCUUGUGCCAGCUGCACUGGUUUCGGAAGAUGUGGCCCCGCUGGGAGCAAAUCAGAGUUCUUACAAUGUAUCAUUUCUCCCGAGCUUUGAACUCUCAGCAGGUUCCUACUCUGGUGAUGAUGUCAUCAUAGCCAAAGAGGGAACAAAUGUUUCCCUGGAGUGUCUUCUCACCAUGGAUCAGUAUGGAGAUGUCCACUGGUACAACUCAAAAGGACGGCGGCUAUAUGGCAGAGGUGGAAAAUGGUUGGUUUCCGAUAACUUCCUAAAUAUCACCAAUGUCGCCUUUGAUGACCGAGGGCUGUAUACAUGUAUCGUCACCUCUCCAACUCAUGCCUCCUACUCAGUCACCCUCCGUGUGAUCUUCACCUCUGGAGACAUGAGUGUCUACUAUAUGGUUGUCUGCCUGAUCGCCUUCACAAUCACACUCAUCCUGAAUGUCACUCGGCUAUGCCUGAUGAGCACCCAUCUCCGAAAGACUGAGAAGGCCAUCAAUGAGUUCUUCAGGACUGAGGGGGCUGAAAAGCUCCAGAAGGCCUUUGAGAUAGCAAAGCGCAUCCCCAUCAUCACCUCAGCCAAAACCCUGGAGCUUGCCAAGGUCACCCAGUUUAAGACCAUGGAGUUUGCCCGCUACAUUGAAGAACUAGCCAGGAGUGUCCCUCUCCCGCCCCUUAUUCUGAACUGCCGGGCCUUUGUUGAGGAAAUGUUUGAGGCUGUGCGAGUGGAUGACCCUGAUGACAUAGGAGAAAGAAUCAAGGAGAGACCUGCCUUGGAUGCUCAGGGUGGCAUCUAUGUGAUUAACCCAGAGCUGGGACGAAGUAACUCACCUGGUGGAGAUUCAGAUGAUGGUUCUCUAAGUGAGCAAGGCCAGGAGAUAGCAGUGCAGGUGUCUGUGCACCUUCAGUCAGAGACUAAAAGUAUUGGGACAGAUUCUCAAGACAGCAGUCAUUUCAGCACAUGUGAUGAUCCAGCACCUGCUGAGGGCAGCACUCACCCCAGAGAAUGAGCAUGUGACCACUGUCAGCUUGCCCAGUGCUCAGGAAAAGAGCUUGCUAUGAGGACAUAGCAUUAUUACAAGGUGACCAGGGUCUUCCCCUUAACCUUAAGCACACCAGACCAUGAAUUGCCAAAGUCCUUGUGAAAAGACAUUUUUCUGAUAAAAGGUUGUUGAAGUGAUGUGUGCUAAAAGUGAAAGGCUGUUAACACAGUGAGACUUCUUUUCUGGUCACUGUUUUUCUUUGGCUCACAUGUGACACAUUGAAGCCUGGGUUUCUCCAUCAGUGAAAUAAGGGAUUUGUUCUCAGUGAGUUGUGUCUGGCCCAACUCUUACCUGUAGUCCUUAAGGCAGCCUUUCACUAGACCUUUGGUUCCUCUUUUGGAACUUUAUUCUGGACUCUAGUUGUCUACACCAAUGCCACACACGGAGAGAUGCUCUGCCGUAGGGCAUGAGCAGUCACAUGUGCUGGGACAGAUCUUUUCAGUGAGGCACCACUGUGUUACACAGAUGCAGAGAGUAAGUUGCCAUUACAAAUCCAUUCUCACUGGGUGUGGUAGCACAUGCCUUUAAUCCUAGCACUCGAAGGCAGAGA